AAAGAAACAAAAGCCCUCAGUGAAGCCCUCCAUGAGAUGAGGGAGGAGAACAAGCUGCUGAAGCAGAAGAACGCCUCCAUGGCCAGAAAGAAAGAGCACUAUGAGGGGGAAAUAAGCCGUCUCAAUAAGACCCUUCUGGACGUGUUGAAAAAGCAGAACUCGCCUGUCCUUGGGACUCCCCCGGGGAAGGGUGACAGGAACAGCAUUGAGGAGAUGAGAACCCAACUUGAAGUGCUGAGACAGCAGGUACAAAUAUACGAGGAAGACUUCAGAAAGGAGAGAUCUGACCGAGAAAGACUCAACGAGGAGAAAGAAGCAUUGCAGAAAGCUAAUGAGAGAUUGCAGUCUCAACUGAAUAAACUCAGCUCUCAGACAAAAGACCUCCCAGUACAGCCUGAGAGGCCCAGUUACCCACCUCCACUCUUCCUCUCACCCUGUGUGAAUUAUGGGAGGUGUGGGAUGGUUUUUCACUAUGCAGAUCCUCGAGUACAACCAGGGCCUUGCAGGGCACAUGAUCAGCAGCAGCACUUGCCAGACUAUCAGUGGUAUGUUCCUGACCAGCUUCCGCCAGAUGUGCAGCACAAGGCAGAUGAUUCAUCCCCGGAGAAGGGAGCCCAGCGCUGACAGCCCAAGACGUGGAGAAGUGUGAACCAGAGGCUGCAAGCAAGUCUUGCAACUUCAUUAUUCUGUUUUCUUCUGUGUUUUUUUUUGCCCUCAGCUCCUUAUCUCUUCAGUGCAUGUGAUUUAUGUGUGGUGAAAUCCCUGCGAGGACAAUAGAAAAGCAGAUCAUACAGGCUGGUGAUCCUCAGGAUCCAGUUAAACUCUGCUGGGAAGCGUUACUGCCCUUUGUUCUGAAGAUGCUGCUUGUGCUGCCUAUGAGAAUCUGUUAAAGAGCCUUAUGAGAAAAGAUGCAGCCCUUACUGGGGAUUCAGACUGUCACAUCUGGUUUGAAUCCGAAAGUUUAUAAACCCAAUAGUGUUGUGAUUUUUGUUGUUGUUGUUUGAGAAUUAUAGAGAAGGCUUAUUUGAUUCCAGGGAAUGAUUUGUUGAUAUAUCAUCUCGAAUUCUGACAUCUUUUUCUUGGUUGGUAAAAGAGAAAUCUGCUUCACUGUUUGAACACAUUUGUGUAACUCUAAACAGGGUACCACCGAUGCCAGGCCGAGUAAAAGGUGCCCCUUUCUGAGUCCAGGUCAGCUCUCAUUUUGUUUUGGCUCUAGAAUUAUAUGGAGAAAAGUAACCACAUGCUUUUUUCUGUGUGCACUUAUUCGUGUCAGAAGAAUUGUAGUAGAAAUAUUUAAUGGGUUUAAUUUCUCAGUGAAUAUGGCUUUAUAUUUCCAAAUGAUUCUUGUAAGGAGUCUGAACAUCGUCGUGUACCCUCUAACCCAAGAAUAAAACCUGGCUUUUUAAGUGAAA